UGUUCGUUGGAAAUUGGAAUGCGUUUGUGCCUGUGGGCUGUGGCACGAGCUGUCAUCGUUGUAUUGCGCUUGUGGUUGGGGUAGAAGACUGUAGAGUAUCAAUCUAUCGUCUCUUCCGCAAUGGAAAUCGGAAGGUGCCUUCUGGGCUCAUGCUCGCCCACUCCCUUGCGAUUAUUCUGUCAAAUUCCCAGAUCGGUUCAUCCAAAAUUUUCCAUCUCACCAAACUGCCCAUUUCCUCGACUACCGAGAGGUUUCGAACAUGGGUUCUUCAACGCCGUUCCUUCAAGAACAGCAUCAUUAUGUACCAAGGCCGUGUCAUCCGAAGUUUCAACUCAAAAGCAGUACCCUAAAGUUGCUUCCGAAUCAACUGGAAUCGUUCCUGCUUCUCAGCUUCUUCAAGCGGUGGAGGCUGCCGCUAAGACUGGUGCUGAGGUUGUGAUGGAAUCUGUGAAUAAACCUCAAAAUAUUACCUACAAGGGGCUUACUGAUUUAGUGACAGAAACAGAUAAAAUGAGUGAAGCUGCUAUUCUAGAUGUUGUGAGAAAAAACUUCACAGAUCACCUUAUUCUUGGGGAGGAGGGAGGGCUUAUUGGUGACUCGUCUUCUGAUUACCUUUGGUGCAUAGAUCCCUUAGAUGGGACCACAAAUUUUGCACAUGGUUAUCCUAGCUUCGCAGUCUCUGUUGGAGUUCUGUUUAGAGGAAAGCCUGCUGCUGCCGCCGUGGUAGAAUUUGUUGGAGGUCCAUACUGUUGGAAUACACGCAUGUUUUCUGCAGCUGCUGGUAAGGGAGCAUUUUGUAAUGGGCAAAAAAUUCAUGUGAGUGAUACUGAUAAGAUUGAGCAAUCUCUGCUGGUCACUGGGUUUGGAUAUGAACAUGAUGAUCCGUGGGCAACCAACAUGGACCUGUUCAAAGAAUUUACUGACGUCAGCCGGGGUGUCAGAAGGCUUGGUGCUGCAGCAGUUGAUAUGUGUCAUGUAGCUCUUGGAAUUGUAGAAGCAUAUUGGGAGUAUCGUCUAAAGCCAUGGGAUAUGGCUGCAGGUGUUUUGAUAGUUGAAGAAGCUGGCGGGGCAGUAACUUGCAUGGACGGUGGGAAGUACUGUGUAUUUGAUAGAUCUGUGUUGGUAUCCAAUAAUGUGCUGCAUGCCAAGCUUCUGGAGAGGAUUGGUCCUGCAACUGAGAAACUGAAGAAUAAAGGCAUUGAAUUUUCAUUGUGGUAUAAGCCAGAAGACUACCGCACUGAACUUUGAAUGUGGGCAUCUGUUGGUUUAGUGCUGGCUGCAUUUCUUCAGUUGUUGUAAUACCAAUGUUUGUCUUUUUGGAAAAUCUCUUUUUCAUUCAUGGCUAGGAGUCGCUUAGUUUUGGUGAAGUCAAAUAAGUAUCACACAAAUUUAGAUAAAUCAGCUAAAUAACAGGAUUAAAUUUAAA